AUGAUCAAAGUGAGGAGCACCCUCGAUUUCUUGCCAGGUUUAAAAUUCAUGGCGGCGUCUGCAGAGAUUAGCGACGGAGAUCACGAUGCUGUGGAGCUUAUGGUGUGUCUGUGUGACGCUUCAGCAUCAGCACCGGCACCUGAUGAAAUCAGUGGCGAUGACUAUCUGCUAAGAAGAGAGUGGUGGAGAUACUGA